AUGCUUUUUCUUCCUUUUCCGAAUUUGGAUAGCAGCCCAUUUAGGGAUGCCUAUGGAUUUACUCACAACUCCGGCUGGUUCAUAACAGCUAGUCUCAGACUCGGCAGCGGUCUGGUUGUCAACAUUGGUACGUCUACAGAGGCCUUCGUGAGCAGAAAACCCUCGAGCCUAGAGACGACAGAACCGAAGGAUUUUGAAGUGCCCUCGAGAAGUGGAGGCAGCGGAGUCGUCAGUGGAAGCGCUUCCGACAGUGUCGAUGUGCAUGGGCCCGAAAGAACGAAUACCCUCGAGGCAGGCUUCGUCGCAGACAAGAGAGAAGAGCUAUUUUUGGUGGUGGUUAACGAAGCUUCAGACAGCCUGAACAGGUUAAUGGUGACGGCAGGAUCUUCAGGCGGCAAUGUCUCCAGUGGCACCACAACAUCCUCCGGUGGUCACACAAAUCUGACUGCAAAUGCGACUGGCCAGAGCGCUGGAGCUGAAGCACUCCGACCAGUUCUACCCGACACAGCAACCACUCUCAACUGUUCAGCUGAGCCAAUGUGGGUCGGUGGUCCUCCGGCAUAUCAAGUUGUCGAGUUCAUGCGGGUGCUGUUAAUACUCUACCUUGGCUUGCCGGUCCUUCUCACAGGACUAAUCACGUCUUUAUUGAGUCUUGGCAUGUUUUUUCGCGACAGACUGACCCCUCGUACCACGAGAAUCAUGUUGACAACCUCGGCUGGGCUAGACUUUGCUUUUCUUCUCUCCGCAGCCUUUUAUCUUGAGUUUAAGACCAUACUUUCACAGUACCCUAGCUUGCAUGCGAGAAGGUUGUAUGAUGCAUACGAGGAUUAUGUGAUUAUAUUUAUAAAUUAUUGCGAAUUGUUGCGUAACUGGGUCAUUGUUUUGAUCGGACUCGAACGUUACAUAAUCACCUGCUAUCCGUUGCAUUGUAAGGCGUGGUGGUCUGUACGAACUACAAAAAUUGGUAUUGCUGUCUGCGCCGCUUUCGCUCUGCUCCUCCGUCUGCCGAUGCUGUUGCGACGGAUUGCUCGAAAGCGUACUCAUCUCUCGUCCUGGUGGCAACUGGUUCAUAGUGAGUCAUUGCGUAUUCACACCUUGAUUGACUCCAUCUGCCUCACUCUACUUCCAGUGCUCAUACUUUCCUUCUGCAGUCUACAAAUUCUUCGUGUUAUGCACACCUCCACUCGGCUUCGGUCGAAUCAUUUAUUGGGCGGUUCUGGCAGCAACAGAGGAAGCAUAUCUGCAGGCCACAAAGGAGAACAGAUCAGGUUGAAUAGGAUCCGAUUAGCAAAUCAGAUUCGUGCCAAAGUUCACAAGGUUCUCAUGAUUGUGCUGGGCACCUUCACCUUCUGUGGACUUCCAUUCUUGCCGCAUAUCUUCUUCGAGUGCUACCGUGAAUGGGAGACAUUCCAGGCACGUGAGAAAGCCUCCUGCUGGUCAGAGACCUCGUACAAUAUACUCACUCCGGUCUGCUGGUUUUGUUCAAUGCUCAAUUCAACAGCCAAUUUUUUUGUAUACAUCAUUUACUGGGAUAAAUAUAGACAAAUAUUUCAUACAAUGCUUGGCUGCGACCGAAUUAGGCUAUGCACCAAACAGGAACGUUCUGGUUUUUGUGCUGACUCAAAUACAGUCGCUGUCGGAAGCCUCAUCGGAAUUGGUGGGCGAGCUGGUGGAAAUAAUUUCGAUAAUAGCAGUGAGCCCAGUGCAGGUGUGAUGAGUUUGCGCGAUUCUCCUGCUUGUGCCGGUAAAGCCCAGGGUUCGCAACAUGUGAAACAUACCCUUUUGUAUACAGUAGAAACUCAUGAGAUAAACAAAGAUGCAAGACUAAUUUUUGCAGAAUCCAGUCCACUCAAUACCUUCGGCGUUGCCUCGAAUGCAGGUAGACAAAAAGUAUCAAAUAAAGGAGAUUUUCUCCAUUAUUUAUGUGCCAACUAUGCUGGAAAGUCUUCCCGACCUCCAAGUCAAAUGACCCAUAAUCAUGGAUUUCUAACUCGUAUGUGCAAAACCCUUAAGUGUAACUGUGCUCGUAGCCAAAUUGAGCCACAUUUUAUAGUUUGCAAUCACGGUAAACAGAGAAAGCGAUUCUUUCAUCCUCAGACAUCGUUUCGGGAUGGAGGUUCAAGUCAAUUUCUAUACUGGCCUAACAGAGGCUACUUCAGUUUGUGGAGACACUGUUCUGACAGGAGGCAGGCACGAAUACCAGGCAUAAGACAGACAUUUAUAGCAUCCUCACCAUCAAAAGCGGUUACUACCACCAGAAUUACCGCAAAAAGGAGACAUCUUCAGUAG